GUCAGAGACGGAGCCGCAGGUGGCGGCGGGCGCGAGGCUCAGCCCGAGCUCGGAGGGGAGAUGGGGAAACUGAGGCACAGAGCCGGACAGUGACUCAGAUACCAGGAGCUGCCGGGGGUGGAUUGGAGUACUCGGGCCCGGACUCAGCUGGCUCAGAGUGCAAACCUGCCGUCCGUUCCUGAGUGUGCGACCUGGACAGGCACUAGGCAGGAGUCUGCAGGGGUCUCCACAGAAGGCACCAGGAUGUCGUAUUUUGGGGAGCAUUUCUGGGGCGAGAAGAACCACGGCUUCGAGGUUCUGUACCACAGCAUGAAGCAGGGGCCCAUCUCCACCAAGGAGCUGGCGGAAUUCAUCCGGGAGAGGGCCACGAUCGAGGAGACUUACUCAAAAGCCAUGGCGAAACUUUCCAAGCUGGCCAGCAACGGGACCCCCGUGGGGACCUUUGCCCCUCUCUGGGAAGUGUUCCGCGUCUCCUCGGACAAGCUGGCGCUCUGCCACCUGGAGCUGACCCGGAAGCUGCAGGACCUCAUCAAGGACGUGCUCCGCUACAGCGAGGAGCAGCUCAAGAUGCACAAGAAGCUGAAAGAGGAAGCAGGGGGCACGCUGGACGCUGUGCAGGUCCUCGCAGGCGUCAGCCAGCUCCUGCCCAAGGCCCGGGAGCACUACCUGAGCCGGUGCAUGGACCAGGAGCGGCUGCGGCGGGAGAGCACCAGCCAGAAGGAGAUGGACAAGGCGGAGACCAAGACCAAGAAGGCGGCCGAGAGCCUGCGUCGCUCCGUGGAGAAGUACAACUCGGCCCGCGCGGACUUCGAGCAGAAGAUGCUGGACUCGGCUCUGCACUUCCAAACCCUGGAGGAGACCCACCUGCGGCACAUGAAGGCCCUGCUGGGCGCCUACGCCCACUCGGUGGAGGACACGCACGUGCAGAUCGGGCAGGUGCACGAGGAGUUUAAGCAAAACAUCGAGAACAUCAGCGUGGAGAUGCUGCUGAGGAAGUUCGCGGAGAGCAAGGGCACAGGCCGGGAGAAGCCCGGGCCUCUGGACUUCGAGGCGUACAGCGCAGCCGCCCUGCAGGAAGCCAUGAAACGCCUGCGGGGAGCCAAGGCCUUUCGCCUCCCGGGACUGAGCCGGCGGGAGCGGGAGCCGCCUGCAGCUGUAGAUUCUCUGGAGCCUGACCCACGGGCAUGUGCAGAAGUGGAUGAAGAAGGUUUCACUGUCCGGCCUGAUGUGACCCAGAACAGCACAGCGGAGCCCGCCCGCUUCUCCUCCAGCGACUCGGACUUCGACGACGAGGAGCCCCGCAAGUUCUAUGUGCACAUCAAGCCCGCCGCGGCCCGGGCCCCCGCCUGCAGCACCGAGGCCGCCGCCGCGCAGCUCAGGGCCACGGCCGGCAGCCUCAUCCUCCCGCCCGGCCCGGGGGGCACCAUGAAACGCCAUUCCUCACGGGAUGCUGCUGGGAAGCCGCAGAGGCCCCGAUCGGCCCCGAGGGCCAGCAGCUGCACAGAGAAGCUGCACUCCGAGGAGCCGGGUCCCAAGAACCUCUUCGGGCCGCCCCUGGAGUCAGCCUUUGACCACGAAGAUUUUACAGGCUCCAGCAGUCUCGGCUUCACCUCCAGCCCCUCGCCGUUCUCCUCCUCGUCUCCGGAGAACGUGGAAGACUCCGGCCUGGACUCGCCGUCCCACGCAGCACCCGGCCCCUUCCCCGAUUCCUGGGUCCUCCGCCCGGGCACCCCGCAGAGCCCGCCCGCCUGCCGGCCGCAGCCGCCCGAGUCCCGGGGAGCACUGACCCUGCUGCCCUCCGACUCGCCGCUGCCCCUGGCGGCGUCCCCGGGCCCCUGGGGGCUGGAGGCCGUGGCUGGAGGCGACCCGGUGCCCGGACCUGCGGACCUCCCGGCCACGGAGGGCCUGGCGGCCCCGCCCCGGCGGCCCCGCUCCCGGAAGGUGUCCUGCCCCCUCGUGAGCAGCAACGGGGACCUGUCCCAUCCUCUGAGCUCCUCCCCGCUGGGCUGCUCCGUCCCCGGCGCCGCCCCAGAGCGCUCCAGCGUCUCCGCCCAGACCCAGACGGGACACGGAAUCUCCCGGGGCCCCAGCCCUGUGGUCCUGGGCUCCCAGGAUGCCCUGCCCGUGGCCACCGUCUUCACCGAGUAUGUCCAUGCCUACUUCCGCGGCCACAGCCCCAGCUGCCUGGCGCGAGUGACUGGGGAGCUGACCAUGACCUUCCCGGCUGGCAUUGUGCGGGUGUUCAGCGGGACCCCGCCCCCGCCCGUCCUCAGCUUCCGCCUCGUGCACACAGCCCCCAUCGAGCACUUCCAGCCCAACGCCGACCUGCUCUUCAGUGACCCCUCCCAGAGCGACCCUGAGACCAAAGACUUCUGGCUCAACAUGGCGGCCCUGACCGAGGCCCUGCAGCGCCAGGCGGAGCAGAACCCAGCCGCCUCCUACUACAACCUGGUGCUGCUGCGGUACCAGUUCUCCCGCCCGGGCCCCCAGUCGGUGCCUCUGCAGCUGAGCGCCCACUGGCGGUGUGAGGCGACCCUCACUCAGGUCUCGGUGGAGUACAGCUACCGGCCCGGCGCCACGGCUGUGCCCACGCCGCUCACCAACGUCCAGAUCCUGCUGCCUGUGGGGGAGCCCGUGACCAAUGUCUGCCUGCAGCCAGCGGCCACGUGGAACUUGGAGGAGAAGCGGUUCCUAUGGAAGCUUCCAGAUGUGUCCGAGGCAGGGGGCUCUGGCCGCCUGUCUGCCAGCUGGGAGCCCUGCUCAGGACCCAGCAUGCCCAGCCCCGUGGCUGCUCAGUUCACCAGCGAAGGGGCCACUCUGUCCGGCGUGGACCUGGAGCUGGUGGGCAGUGGCUACCGCAUGUCGCUGGUGAAGAGAAGGUUCGCCACAGGGAUGUACCUGGUGAGCGGCUGAGCCCGGGAGGCUGAGUGGCCCACGGGCCCCAGCUCUGCGGAGUCCUGGUGCUUGGUGACUGCUCCCCGCCUGCCUGCCGGAUCCUGGGGUCCCGACCCGGCCUCCUCCGAGGCCCUGACUCCGGGAAGAGGAGCCCCACGCCCAGCCUGGCGGAGCCCGAGAGUCACGUCUGCUCAUACCAGCUCCCACACAGGUCCUCGGACUUUUAGUGUUCUUUUGAAUAAACACUUUAUUUUCUAAUGAAAUAA